CCUAACUCGAAUUUUACGCCUUCUGGCCCUCCUCCUCCGCCCUGUGAUGAUGGUGAUGAUGGUACACUGUUUUCAGAGAGUAAGUGGAGUGGAGGAAAGAGAAAUGCACUUAUGUCGAAGAUGCUCCAUCAGGUCUGGGUAUCGUCUAAAAACAAUAAAACUCAUUAUCGGCGGUAAUUGUAAGCACAAAACGUGAGGUUGGCAGCAGGAAAUUCGUGACUAGUCUACAGACACAUUCAGAGAAACAUGCAGUCAACUCUCCAGCAGCAGCAGCAGCAGCUCGGGCACCCGGCCCAAAGCUCUGUGUAUCCUGGUAAGUAUUUACCAUUUAAAAGUUUUAGUUUAAGAGUUAAAUAAGAGAAUGCGAUUCUCUCUCUCUUUCUCUCAAGUGACUGCGGAGGAACUUACAGACAUAAAAUGUACACAGUCGGACUACGGUAUGUUUUAAUGUUUUUUCUUUUUUAAUCGACGUAUGUUUGAGUAAAGCACUAGGCUACCAUUUUUACAGCUGAUAAAGAGUAAAAAAAAGUGAAUUAUUUACAGCGUUCGUAAUUUGUCAUCUUCACUGACAGCUACUUCAUACUUUAAUUUGAUAUGCCUGUCCUGUAUGGUUGUAUUAACUAUUUUUUGUACCCAGAUGCCAGAAGCACAGGAGUCAGAGGACGAGGUCGGUGGGACAUCCCUGCAACAAUGUGCCUCCACAGUGAAGUAGGAAGAAGUCGACGGUGCUCACAGAUGGCCGAUAUCUAAGAACAGAUGUUGACGGAUCUCAACAGACACACAGCUUCUUAGGGAUUUUCUGUUUGUUUUCCAAAAUCGUAAUUUGUGAGUUUUCUUUUCAGCCAAGUGGAAAUCAACUCUUACCGGCGUGGAAUGUGUUAGUUACAGUAACUAAGAGGGGCGGGGCUUAUAACAGGAAGGCUUCUUAAGACUCAGCCCAGGACAUCAGAAUCCAUGAGAGAGGAGGAGCAGGAGGAGCAGUAGAGGAGCGGAAUGGAGGAGGACAAGCAGAACCCGGAGCACCGGAGCAACAAGGUCCCCAGAAGACAAGCAGCAGGCUCGUCCUCUGAUAGCAACGAUGUUGAGCGUCUCCUGAGACAGGGAUCAGACCCACCAAACGUGGAUCAUAACGGGACCACCGUGGCUAACCUGCAGAACAUGGUCAACAGCUACUUCCACAGACUGUGUGUGCCACACCAGCCGAGGACAGACUCGUCCACUGAGAAACAGAGUGGAAGAGAGGAACCCAAACGCUUCUGCUGUCAGUACUGUGACGAAUCCUUCUCAUGCCGCCAGUACUUAAAGGCUCAUGAAAGAACUCACACAGGAGAGAAACCAUACAGCUGUGGCGAGUGUGGGAAAGCUUUUAGUCUAAAACGCUACCUAAGACUCCAUCAGCGCAUUCACACAGGAGAGAAACCAUACAGCUGUGGUGAGUGUGGGAAAGCUUUUUCAGCAAAGCAAGGCCUAAAAAGCCAUCAACGCCUUCACACUGGAGAGAGGCCGUACAGCUGUGGCGACUGUGGGAAAGCUUUUCUGACCAAUCAACAGUUAACGAUCCACUGGCGUACUCACACAGGAGAGAAACCAUACAGCUGUGGUGAGUGUGGGAAAGCUUUUUCAGCAAAGCAAGGCCUAAAAAUCCAUCAACGCCUUCACACUGGAGAGAGGCCAUACAGCUGUGACGACUGUGGGAAAGCUUUUCUGACCAAUCAACAGUUAACGAUCCACCGGCGUAUUCACACAGGAGAGAAACCAUACAGCUGUGAUCAGUGUGGGAAAGCAUUCGCCAGCAGCAUGAGCCUAGAAGUUCACAGACGUGUUCAUGCUGGAGAGAAACCUUACUGGUGCGACUUCUGUGGGAAAAGGUUCACCACCCAAAGUCAAGUAGAUGUCCACCGACGUAGUCACACCGGAGAGAAACCGUACUGUUGUGACAAAUGUGGGAAAAGUUUCUCUCAGAAUAUUCAACUUAAAACACACCAGCGCACCCACACUGCGUAGUUCUCAUUGUCCUUCAUUGUGCAGAUACAGCGCCAACAGCUGCUCUUUCUGUCUCUCUUUUUGUUAAUGUUCCCAACAAUAUUUUGUUAUUCUCUGCUACUUACCAAAACAAGGAAAGUUGACGCUGUCGUGUUGUAGCAUUGUGCCCUGACCCUCAGUCAUUUUACAGAUGUCUGUCCCCCCACAGGUAUGCAUUAUGUAACACAACGUGACCCUACAUCGAUAUAAACAGUGUUGUCUAACUUUGUAUCUUGCUUAAAAAUAUAUUGAUCUAUCAUACAGUCGUUAUAUCGCCCAGUAGAGAGAUAAAUGUGUUAUGAGAUAUUGUUAAUGCUUCUCUGCAUUUAUUGCUCUGUUUUGAUUCUGUUCCUGCAUUAUGUGAUGUUCCUCCGUCAGAUAUGUGACUUAAUUUCUUUGUAAUUCAAAUGUGAACCAUGAACACUGCUACUUUUACUACAUUCAUUUACAUUUGUUUAAAAACUAUCAUUACAAAAGCUAAAACAUAGGUUGCCUGCUGCUGAAAAUGUCCAGCCCAUCAACAGUUUCUGGUUUUAAAAUCUGGCUGGAUUGAAUUUAUACUUAAACAGCUCUGGUCUGGAGUAUUUAAUUUGAUGGCUGCAAAGUGAACUUUGGCAUGUUGUUUUGGGCGUGGCUCAUCUCUGAAGCUUUAAAUAAUGCUAUCUUGUUUUCCCAAACAUACUGUGAAGCUGGCCUUUCUUGGGAGUGGAAAGAGUGGGGAGUCAGUUAACUUCUAUGCCCUUGAAAAUAGUAUCAUUCGAUUUUUUUUUGAGGUAUUGUUUCACAGUUGGAAAUUUAAGUAUUGUGACAACACUGUCUCAGAUCCGAGCUAGCUGUUUCCUCCUGCCUUCUCUUCAUGCUCCGUUACCUGUGUUGCUAUAGUCUGAGCUUCUCUCCACAUUGAAAGCUGACGAACAGUAACUUUAUGUUCUAUCGUGGCUACGACUAGACCUGCCCCCAUCAUCACACACUACGUGGUAGUGUUAUUAUGACACUGGAAUUUCUGACUGGAAUUUGUUUGUUUUGUUGUUUUUACAUGGGACUGUGAGGGUGGAGAGAAGAGAUGAGAGGAAUUGCUGAUAACAAUCAGUGCACUGUUAUUUCUGUAUGUUCACCCAUUGGUGAUUGUUUAUUUUUUUCAAUCAUCCUUUUACUCCAGAAGAGUGUACAAUUAUCA